CGGACGAGUUGCCGUGAAUUUACAACUGAAAGAACCGAUGUCGCAAGUUGGAGAGUCGGUUUCUUUCGACAAUUGUGUUACAUUUGAUGACGGAUCACGAUGACUUGUUCUAAAACUCGUCUCGGCUUCACUUUGUACAUCGGAUGUGUUAAGAAACUUCUUUUUACCAUGAUGAAAUAAUAAUGUUUACCAGGAACCCUCACAGGUGAGAGAUCUUCAAAGAACUUUCAACCGAUUCAAUGUCUAUGAAAUGUAUCCUAUUACAUAGGAACGUUACUUACUCAUCUUCUGACAAAUGUUGCACUGAUCACUAAGGAAUGGGGUGAUGGACAAAACAAUGUCCUCCAACUCAAAUGAACUACCCUAACAUGCACCAACCCUUCAAUUUUUUUUUGUUUCGAUUUCGUUAGACACAACAAACACCACGAAAUAUAGAGUGGUCCAAGUGAUGUUACAUUCUUCAAUAUCGGUCCCGAAGUAAGCCGAGAAAUCGAUAAUAUUAAAUGUCCUUCAGUAUAUAGAUUGACGCAGAUACAAAAUGUACUUAUAGGACUUGCACGCCCAUUUUAAGUUGCAUUGUAUACAUAUUUAUGGUCAAGAAGGGCAAACCCCCCGCCUUUUUUUUUUUAAACUGAUUUUCUUAUUCCUAAUGAGUUAAAGAUUUUAUCAUUAAAAUAAGAGCUCAAAUUUAAUAGAAGGUUAAUCCCUUUUACAAAGCUCAAAUUUCUGAUUGUGUUCUUCAAAGUUCGCCUAAAAAGCAUUUAAAUAUAGACUGGCCAAUUUGUCUGGUUGGAUAUUUAAUUUAGCUAAAAUAGAGAUUGAGAAACUGAAGUUUUAGUUGUGUUCUUCAGCCAUUAAACGUUCUCCCCUCAAAUUUUUAAUUAAAAGGCUGAAAUGUUAAUUUCUCUGGCUUUUGGAAUAUCUCACUUGUAAUUAUCUUUUUCAACAAGUUUUAUCAUAAUCAGUUCAAAAUCCCAGAGCAUGUCUCUGUUCUCUGGAACACUUUCUUGCAGACAAAGAGACUUACAUUUAAGAAUGUUUGUUAUUUAUAAACUGUGUGUUGUAGAAAAUGAAUUUGAGAUAAAACUAAAUGAACCUUGAUUAAGAAAAAUUAUUUUAAAAUGAAGAAUUUGCAAUCAAUUAGAACAAAUAACAGAUUUUCUCUCUGAUAUUGAUUGCCUUUCAAUCUAUAACAGUUCUGUAAGCACUUUCCUUGAAGAUUAUAGUCACCUUAGUUUACAUUUUCAUUCCAAGAGAACGUAUGAACUGGCAUGAUUUAUUUCAUGUGAACCAACUGGAAAAAAGAAGAGCAUUCAUUAUCUUUCUUUUAAAAGACAUUAAUUUACUUAAAAUAUUUCCAUGCAUUUGAACUCUGAAUCAUGACAUUAAAAAUUGACUGAGCUUCAUGAAGUUUUUUCUGGGCUCAUCAAGACAAGAAAGAAGGGCAAAGACAAGGUUCAGGGAGAUCAAAGUCUGAACUUCCUUGUUGUUAUGUUCUAGUUUUGUUUGUGUUGUUAGUUUUUCAUUUAAGUUUUUUCUAAAUGUAUUGAAAUUAAUUCAAUUUAUUGAUGCAAUACAUAUUUUGAUCAGUGCUGCUAUAGCUGGUGCUUUUUCUGUUCUGGUUAAUUUAAACAUGGUUUUCAGUAGCACAAAACUAGAAAACCAGAUGUCAAUGCCCAGAAAUAAUUAUUGUGGGCAAAAUGUUUUGAGAAAGUGCAACCACAGGCUUAAUAUUAUGCUAGCUUCACUUUUCAAAACAUGAUUGCCUGAGGUUUGAAACCACCUUCUUCUCCCUCCCCUCCCUUAUCAAUUUUGUUGUGUUUAAUUUUUCACUGUAAUAUACAUUGCAUUAGCAACAAUGUUAUCUGAAAAAAAAGCAGUCAUUAAAUAGCAUUGAAGAAUGAAUAAGGACUCAAAAACAGUAUACUAUGCAUGCAUAUGCCUAGUUUACAUAAAGCUCUGUUGCCUUAAAUUAUUUGUCCACGAGGUUUGAAACCACCUUCUUUUCCCUCUAGACAGACUGUAACAGGGAAUCCAAUGGUUUUAUAUUAUAGGGAAGUAAAAUGUUGUUCAUAGUGAUGUAAUCUAUGCCCCUGUUCUCAGUAACCAGCUUAUUGUAAAUUUUUUUUUUGUUUUAUUCUCUACAGGACAUAGACUUUGACUUAACAAACAUGGCAAAUAUUCUUGAUAUUCCUAGUCUGAGUAUGCUUCAUGUGUGGUGGGAUUUGUGGUUCUCCCAAACAGGAUCACAGUUCCUUAGACUGAUGUUGAUCCAUAUGAACUGAAAUACCCCUUGCCUGAUGUGAGUGACUUGUACUUAUCAUUAGAAUUUUCUCUCUGCAAAUUGUCUUUUAUUGUGCCUCAAGACAUGAUUAAACGUUUAUUUAAACUUGAAUAACUCAGUAGUACUGAGUACACCAAGUGUACACAUAAGUGAAGUUUUUAAAGGUUUUUGACAAAUUGAUUUUGCUUUCUCUUGUUACUCCAGGGUGUCCUUCACAUUGAAUUCCUGGAAGCUAAAUAGACUUAAUCAUGAAAGACAUUGUUAUCAUAUCUAAAGGUUCUUCAGAUCCAAAUGUCAUUCUCAGAGGUAUGUAUCAAAGCUUAUGGAGAUUACUGUAUGAGCUAAAGACAUGAAAGAGCCCUUACUGACCAGCAGUAAUAUGUAUCCAAGUGUCUUUUGGUGCUUGUGUCACUGAAAUUUUUCUACCUCAGUUUCAUAGAAGGUGAAUCAUACUUUGAGUCUGAACUCCUCUGAAAAUUCUACAUCUGUGUAAACUUUUUUGAUCGUUUAUUUUGAAUUAAAUAGAAUCAGCAAUCAGUGAAGCAUAAAUUUAUUAAUUAUUACAUCAUUUUUUAGAUUUCUCAUUUGCUUUGCCUGCAUGAGGAGAUAAAUUCACUGGGAAAAGAUCAUUGCUUUAGAACACCAGUGAGUAUCUUACUGUAUGAGCACCAUAGCUCAUGAUGAUAUUUCUUUCUGUUGCCAGUGGGAGCCAAGACAUUCUGCACAAAGACAAAGGACAAUACAGUGAAUCCAAUAUGGAAUGAAGCGUUCUUGGUAAAGAUUUUGAUGGGUUUGUGGUUCCUAGUCCAUACUUCAAACAUGGGAUAUUUCAUUUCUGAUUGUUUUGUUUCUGAUUGUUUAUGUGAAGGCCUUUGUGGACAACUCGCAUGGUCAGAAAUUAUAAAGAUUGGUGUCUUUUAUGAAGACAAAGCAUCUGAUGACGAAUCUCUUGGAAGGUACAGUAAGUAAUCAUCCAAACAUGAAUCAUUAGAAAGCAACUCAUAUCUCCAGUUUUUACAUGUAUGUGACUGUUUUGAUGUUGACAAAUGAUGUAUUAUCUCCUUAGUGUUGAGGCUGACAUUGGUACAAUUGUCCAGCAAGGCAAUGUUGAAUUGGUAAGUUGCAAAUCUUUUGCUAACUAAAGAGUUGUAUGUCAUAUUCAAUAACCAGUGUUAGGAACCUUGUUUAACACCAUGUGAUUUGAUAUAGCAUCUAGAGCAAUUUUUAAUUGAUUGUCGAAUUAAAGCAACCCAGGACUGCACUACCCUUGUGAAAUGGAUUUUGGAAUUCCUUGGAAUAAAGGUGUGAAUUUUCAUGGUAAAUUUGGACUGGGAAUUCCUAGGAAUUUCUAGAAAUUCCCAACCACAACAACUCUGGUACUAAAAACCUAGAAAUUCCUAGAAAUUCCAAGUUUAUAGCCAACAGGACUUGGAAUUCCUAGGAAUUCCAACUCAGAGCACCAAUGACUUUCCCUGAAAAGCUGUAAAUCUAAAAAUUCCUGGGAAUUUCUGGGAAUUUUCAGGAAUUUCUAGGAAUUUUUAAGAAUUACUGGGAAUAUUAAGCACAAAUUUGAGGCUACAUAUAUAAAAUAAAUACUUAAAAUUAAAAAACCACAGAUAAAAUUCAAGUAUUCAAUGAAAUUUAUUUACAAGCUCAAUUAAGGCUUAUAUGUAAAAUAUUUUUGAUUAAUUAUUGACAUCAAUAUGUAGUAAUAUUAGGAUGGAAUUUGAUUUUUUUUUCUUUUCUUGAAAACUUCCUAUGGAUUAAUCCUCAAUUACAGCUAUUCAUAUAAAAUAGUCCUAAUCAAUCAUUAAAUUUGGUUUGACACAAAAUUUGUGUCAAACCAAAUUUAAUUGUGAAUAAAAUCUGUUGAUUCUUUUCCAUAAAAUACAAUAUCCUAAAUUAUAUUUGAAAACCAAGUAUUCUUGGGAGUGAAGGGGUUAAUUACAGUUAAAUAUAAUUGAUUUUUUAACUAAAAUCUUCUUGUAACUGUAACAAUAAAUUAGAAUGAAGUUAUCCCAAACUGCAAACUUAGCUGCUGUUUGUCUUUUUCUCCUUGGGCUCACAAUGAGUUGGCCUUGAAUGAGGUUGUCUACAAGAAGCUUGACCAUUUUGUAUCUGGAUUCUGUAACAUCUGAAUUUGAAAAAAAAAUAUAUAUAUAUAUUAAAAGUUCAGACCAGGCCUUAGAUAGCUAUAAGGAAAAGGGCAUUCAUUGGAAUCUCAAAUUGGGAAAUAUCUGUUAUAUUGAAUGACUUUUAUAUUGGAGUUAGUACAUCUCUCCCAUAGAUUUUACUAAAAAAGGGCUGAAUACAUUAUUUUGUUUUUACCAAGGAGGGCUUCUUUAUGUAAUAAGGUUUGUUUAAUAACAGUUUGUAUUAUCAAAUACAUAUAAUACUACCCUCUGAGCCAAACACAUGCAAAGAGAUAAAACUUGUAGUGAUUUGAUCAGUGACACUUUCCUCUACUUUGGAUACUUCACUUGUUUUUUCUUUUGACUGAGUCUACAUUUACAGUUUCAUUUUAAUAAUUCUCCCUUUCCUGUUUGGCCAUUGUGAUGAAUUUCUGGUUUAAACACUCAGAUUAAAACUCCUAGAAGUGAUUACCAUGUAACUUCUCUCUAUAGUAUCCAUACAUUAUACAGCAAACAGGUAAUGAGAACACUCAAACUCAUCAGGUACAAUUUACAGUAUUACCUUGAUUGAAACCUAAUUCUCAUAAUCAAUUUACAAGGAAAUGUGUAGUAGCCAGAGGGGAGAAUUGAUGAUCAGAUCUUGAGAGUUAAAGGGUUUAAUUCACUCAAUUUAUUCUAACCUGUAAUUAUGUAAUUUUUGAAUACAGUGGCUUCCACUAGAGAAUGUGAAGAGUGGCCAGAUCAACUUGAGAUGAACAUGGUUCACAUUGACUGCCAAACCAGAAGAUCUCCCACUGGUAAGUUCACACUCACUAACAAUAGGGUGGUUUUCAUUUAUGAGGACAAGCUGAAUCGAAAAACCAAAUCAGUGCAGUCAAAGAAUAGUAAAUGGAAAGCAGAAGUUGUGGACCUGUACUCUUGAGAAUAGGUGUGUGAGUUGGUUCCUUCUGUGUGUUUUCAAGGCCCAGAAACAACUUUUCACCAUUUUCUGUCUGUAAUGUUUAGCACGUCUAACAACUUUGGCACACUUUAGAAGUACAGUAGUCAGUGGGAGAACUUAUUUUUUUAUUGACUGGCCAUGCUUAAAAAAACAGGACCAGUUUAGCAAGAACUGUACCUUGGUCCUUUACAUAUGUAAGCAGGACCAACCAUUUGUUUGGUCAGGCGAAGAGGCAAAGAUCUUGACUGUGUAUUAUUAGCUUGUUUAUAAGUUUUGUUUUUCAUAUACAGCCUGACCAAGCCAUUAUUGGUGAGGAGAUGUUAGCAACAGCAGCUCUUUUUGUUAAACUGGACUCAGCCAAGAAUCUUCCCGUAAGUGUGUGAUGUGGUCUCUUCUUUAUUUGAUAGAAAGGAAAUUAAAAAUGCAAAAUCCCUGCUUCUCAAAAUACACUGUAAGACCUCAGAAAGUGUGAAAGGUCACUGUUGUUAAGUUUUAAUGUAAAUUAUAACUUUUUUUAGGCAACAAAUGCUGCCUGUGGCACCACAAGUGCAUUCUUAUUCAAUACUUACCAGAGCAGAGUAGGUCACACUUUUAAUUGAUCAUCCAUAGGCUAUUGUUUUCCUGUGUAUCAUCACUGAAUUGUCACAGAUACAAGGUUUCACAGGUUGGCACACUGUGCUGUUGAUCUACAAAAUAAAGGAGUUUAUUUUCCAAAUAACAACUGUGGUUUCGUUUUGUUAACUCAGUUGAUAAAACUAAUGGUGGAUGUUACCCAUACCAUUGACAUGUCAGUUUUGCUGGUUGACUUAUUGAAGGAAAUUCUUAUUACGGUUGUUUCUUACUGUUACAAGUACAUUUCUCUUGUGUUGGUGUAAUGGAAACCACAUAUCAUAGAGUACACAUGUCAGUUGUUUUAAGUAAUUUGAUCCUUAUCAGAUCAAGCUUUUAGUAAUGAUGCUGGGCACCCCUACGAUAACCCUUGUCCAAAAUCUUUUCUUUUUAACAUUUGAAAACAGAUGACUUGUCCCGAGUUUUUGUUUUGAAUUUUGCCUUCUAGGUCAGUUGGUGUUGUUGCACCCAACUAGUAUGUAGGAGGUGUUGCUGGCUUCUUUUCUGUAAUUGCUUAAAUUACAGUCCACCUGCAACGACCCUUUCUUUGCUUGAUUUUCAUCUGCAGUUCAAAUUAAAUUAUUUUAUUAAAAAUUAUGAUCAGAAUUGUCAAUGGGAAAGGAGAACCCCUUAAAACUUGCCUCUCAAUGAGUGUCUCUGUACCUCAGUUGGUAGUAGUGCCCAACUAGUAUCUUGGAGGCUCCGCGGGUUCAAAUCCUUUCAAAGCCUGAAUUUUUUCAGGUUUCUUAUUAAUUAUAAAUUACAGUCAACCUGUGAGGAUCAUUUCCUUGCUUGAAUUUCAUCUGCAGGUCAACUGAAAUCUAUUCCUUUCAAAAUAAGGACUUUUGUAAGAAUUGCACAACUUGUUAAUGUCUCCAUUUGCUAAUAAGGAUAUAAAAAAACUGAAAUCAUUUCUCUAAAGUGGUUGUUGCUUUCUUUAUAGCAAGUGAUACAAUGUCAGUUGAUGAGAAACAGUCUAUUCGGUAGCACUAAUUGUCAGUGAUUCCUUCGAAGAACAACCUUUGGGGCCACUUGUAGAGGUUUCAA